GGACAAUAUUACCGUCAGUAAGUAGGUAGAUACUGAGGGGUAAUCAAAUACCUCCUCUGAGCUUCUGGCAGUUGUGCCCAAUUCAAAUCCUUCUCGCUAUUGCAUCUAUUCAUCUCGUUCUGCACAAUUGAAUAUUUCCCAUUCAUUCUGCUUUUCCUAGUUGUAUCAUGAAUCUCCCGCCACUUGAUGAUGAUUACCAAGAGCCUCGUGCUCUGUCUCAAUCGCCGUAUCAACAGCACAACAUGUAUAACGUUUACCGAUCCCAGUACGACCCCUACAAGUACGAUGAGUAUGCCGAGGUCAGCUAUCCUGAAGACCCUGUAUACGUUAAGAAACCUUCCGAUUCAAAGUACCCCGGGUGUUCUGAAGCAAAUGGGAUGCCUUUACUGGAGGAAGAUAUUCACAAAGUGUUUGCUGACUUGGGACAUGUUUUGGGGUUUCAGAGCGACUCCGUUGCCAACAUGUUGGAACACUUUAUGAUCCAACUUGACUCUCGUGCCAGCCGGAUGAGUGCGCUCCAGGCUUUGGACUCUCUCCAUUGCGAUUAUAUUGGUGGUGAGCACUCUAACUACCGCAAAUGGUACUUUGCGGCCCAGUUGGAUUUGGAUGAGGAGGUGGGGUUUGCCAACAUCAAGUUUAACCACCAAUACGGGAACAAAAAGUUCAAGGGGAAGAAGAAGGGAGAAAAAUCGCGCAGUUAUUCCUUGACAUAUCCUCAGACCGGCGAAGUGCUCCGGAGCGCGGAGUUCAAGUGGAAACAAAAGAUGCUGGGCUAUUCUGUGGUUGAGAGAGUUAGACAUGUCGCGUUGUACUUGUUGCUCUGGGGAGAGGCCAAUAAUGUGAGGUUUCUUCCCGAAACACUCUGCUUUAUCUUCAAGUGUGCCCUAGACUAUCUUGAGUCCACAGCUGAAGCCAAAGCUUUGCCACAAAAUGACUACCUAGAUCGAGUCAUCACCCCCCUUUACAUGUAUAUCAGGCAACAACAGUACGAUUUGACCGACGGAAACUGGGUCAAGAGCGAAAAAGACCACAGUGCGGUGAUCGGCUACGACGACAUCAACCAGUUGUUCUGGUACCCCGAAGGCUUGGAUGGCAUCGUUUUCACCGAUGGAACGCGUCUCGUGGAUCUUCCGCUCGGUGAGAGGUACCUUUCCCUUGGGGACAUCUCCUGGAAGGACUCGUGCCGCAAAACCUACUACGAAACCCGCACCUGGCUCCAUGUGGUUACCAACUUCAACCGCAUCUGGAUCAUCCACGUUUGUGUGUUCUGGUACUACACAUCGUACAACUCCAAACCCCUCUACACCCGAAACUACUCCCAGCUUUUGGAUAACAAACCGCAGCCCCACGCGGUCUGCUCGGUGAUGGCUUUUGCCGGAACGCUAGCCUGUUUUGUCCAAAUACUUGCCACCCUUUCCGAAUGGGCCUUUGUGCCUCGAAAAUGGCCCGGUGCCCAGCGUCUCACCAAAAGAAUGCUUCUCUUGCUUCUCGUCACGGCGGUAAAUUUUGGGCCAUCUGUUUACAUUUUGGGGCUUGUUGCUUUGGACGAGUAUUCCCUCGCCGCACGAGUCAUCGCGGGUGCCCAGCUUGCCAUCUCCUUUGUCACGGUUGCUUGGUUUUCGUAUCAGCCGCUAGGGAGCUUGUUUACCGGUCUCCGUGUCAGGAAUUCCCGCAGAUUCACCACAUCCCGCACCUUUACUGCUUCCUUUCCUCAGCUCAACCCCCGUGGUCACUUUUUCUCCGUGGCUUUGUGGGUCUGCGUAUUUGCCGCAAAGUUCUCCGAGUCCUAUUUCUUUCUCACAUUGUCGCUCAAAGACCCCAUUCGAAACUUGGCAACCAUGUCCAUGACCCGGUGCGUGGGGGAGGUCUACUUCGGCAGUCGCCUUUGUUUGCAUCAGGCAAAGCUUGUGUUGCUCCUUAUGUACGUGGCCGAUUUGAUCCUCUUUUUUCUUGACACGUAUCUCUGGUAUAUCAUUUGCAACUGUAUCUUUUCGGUAGCCCUAGCAUUCUCGCUUGGUAUGUCGGUGCUCUCGCCCUGGCGAAAUAUCUUCACCCGGCUUCCAAAGCGGAUUUUCUCAAAGAUCUUGUGCUCAGCCAUGACCGAAAAUACCUACAAACCCAAGCUCCUCGUUUCACAGAUCUGGAACGGUAUCGUCAUCUCUAUGUACCGAGAACACCUCCUCUCGUCGGAUCAUGUCAGGAACUUGAUCUACGAUAGGUCAGAGGAGGGCUGCGAGUUGCGAACCCCAUUGUUCUUUGUAUACCAGGACGACAGCGCCCUCACUCUCAACGAUUUCUUUCCACCCAACCUGGAAGCAGAACGAAGAGUCACCUUUUUUGCCCAGUCCUUGGCUACGCCGAUUCCUGAACCUGUCCCCACAGAUUGUAUGCCCACCUUUACCGUGCUCAUACCUCAUUACUCCGAGAAGAUCUUGCUCAAGCUCAAGGAAGUUAUUCGUGAAGAUAAGGACUCAAAACUCAGUUUACUAGAGUAUUUGAAGCAGUUAUCCCCCAUUGAAUGGGAAUGUUUUGUCAAGGAUACGAAGCUCAUUUCCCGGCAAGAAGCCAGCAGCGAGGCAUCUGACGAACAGCCCACCGUCCAUCAGCUCUUGAAGGGAAACAUAGACGAUUUACCAUUCUACUGUGUGGGAUUCAAGAGCUCGUCGCCAUUGUACACCCUCAGAACGCGUAUCUGGGCUUCCUUGCGGACCCAGACGUUAUAUCGAACGGUUUCCGGCUUUAUGAACUAUCACAGAGCGAUUAAACUCUUGCACCGGGUAGAGAAUCCAGAUAUCUUGGAGUACUACGGGACCACCCCCGCGGAAAUCGAAUACGAGUUAGAUGUGCUCGCCAGGCGGAAGUUCUAUUUGAUCGUGUCCAUGCAGCGGUACCAGCAGCUAUCGAAAGACGAGCUUGAAGACGCAAAUUACUUGAUCAGGGCCUACCCGGAACUCAAAAUUGCUUACUUAGAUGAAGUCACGGAGGCGGAUGGGGUCAGCUACUACUCCACUCUUUUGGAGGCCCAGCGGGACGGGGAAGCCAUCGAGGUGGUGCAAAAGUACCGGAUAAAGCUCUCUGGGAACCCCAUUCUUGGCGAUGGCAAGUCGGAUAAUCAGAACCACGCGUUGAUCUUUUACAGAGGCGAGUACAUCCAAGUAAUUGAUGCUAACCAGGACAACUACCUCGAAGAGUGUUUGAAGAUCCGUUCAGUGCUCUCUGAGUUUGAGGAGAAUGAGAUCGACCCUUCACCCCCGUAUAUUCCCGGUGUGCCUUACCAAGACAUCAGUCCCGUGGCGAUUCUUGGGGCUCGAGAGUACAUCUUCUCGGAAAGUAUUGGGGUUCUAGGGGACAUUGCGGCGGGGAAGGAGCAAACUUUCGGGACCUUAUUUGCCCGGACCUUAGCGGAGAUCGGAGGGAAGCUCCACUACGGCCAUCCUGACUUCCUCAAUGCAAUAUUUAUGACCACUAGGGGGGGGAUUUCCAAGGCCCAAAGGGGGUUGCAUCUCAAUGAAGAUAUCUACGCAGGCAUGAACGCGGUCGCGCGUGGUGGAAGAAUCAAGCACUGCGACUACUUUCAGUGCGGAAAGGGACGGGAUCUUGGGUUUGGCUCUAUUCUCAAUUUCACCUCCAAGAUUGGUGCUGGCAUGGGCGAGCAGAUGCUCUCCAGGGAGUACUACUACAUGGGGACCCAGCUCCCACUCCACCGCUUCCUCUCAUUCUACUACGCCCACCCAGGGUUUCACGUGAAUAAUCUUCUCAUCAUCCUCUCUGUCCAGUUGUUUAUGUUUGUGUUGUUGAAUUUGGGGGCGCUUGCCCGCGAGUCGAUUAUGUGUAUCUAUGAUAAAGACGUGCCGAUAACUGACCUUCAUCGGCCGAUUGGGUGUUACAACCUCCGGCCGGUAUUAGAUUGGGUAGACCGCUUCGUUCUCUCCGUAUUUAUCUGCUUCUUUAUCUCGUUUGCUCCAUUGGUGGUUCAGGAGUUGUCGGAGCAAGGGAUCUGGAAGUCUGUCAUCCGCUUGUCCUUCCACCUUAUCUCCAUGGCGCCAGCUUUUGAAGUUUUUGUGUGCCAGAUUUACUCCAACUCUCUUAAGACAAACAUUUCCUUUGGUGGGGCCAAGUACAUUCCCACCGGAAGGGGCUUUGCCACCUCUCGUACCUCAUUCUCGCUUUUGUAUGCCAGCUACGCCCAAAGAUCCAUCUACCUCGGGGCCAGAGUCUUUCUCGUUCUUCUUUUCGCAUCCGUGGCUAUGUGGCAAGUCUCGCUUCUCUGGUUCUGGCUCACAGUUGUUUCCCUCUGUCUCUCGCCGUUCUUCUUCAAUCCCCACCAGUUUUCAUGGACACCGUUUUUCCUUGAUUAUAGGGAUUACAUCCGUUGGCUCACACGGGGGAACACCAAGUCUCAUCACAACUCAUGGAUUGGGUUUAUGAAGAGCUAUAGGGCAAAGUAUACUGGCUACAAACGGAGAAAACUCCAGGGCGGAACGGAUUCACCCGCUUCCACGUUUCUGAGGGUUGUGAGGGGAAACUUGAUCUUCUCCGAGGUGCUACUCCCCUUUUGUGGAACUUUCUUCACCUUUGUGGCCUACACUUUUAUCAACGCCCAGAAUGGGGUCAAGGAAUACGACUCGGUGAAUUCCAUCCUACGGAUGCUAAUCGUCGUGUUUGCUCCAAUCGUGCUAAACGUGUGUACGUUGUUGGGGAUCGGAACCUUUGUCUGCAUUCUUGGACCGGCGUUCAAUAUCUGCAGUAAGCGUCUCGGCGUUUACACUGCUGGUUUGGCCCACACGUUGGCCAUUGUCUAUCAUGCCCUAUCCUUCCAGGUGUUGUGGUUAAUGGAGGGGUAUGACUUCACCCGAACCUUGGCAGGCUUCAUCUGUGUGGUUUACUUCCAGCGGCUCAUCUUCAAGCUUAUACUCGUCUUGUUCGUCACUCGUGAACUUCAGGAGUAUCUGCCGAAUACAUCCUUCUGGUCAGGUGUGUGGUUUAACCGUGGCAUGGGCUUUCUCGUGCUCUCACAGCCCGUAAGGGAGUUUUUUGUGAAGGUAGUUGAGAUGAGCUUCUUUGCGAUGGACUUUUUCCUCGGUCAUUUUCUCUUGUUUUUGAUGGUUCCCUUCCUUCUUGUGCCGUUGAUUGAUGUGUGGCACUCUAGUUUGCUCUUUUGGUUGAAGCCCCACGCCACGAAUCUCAGUGCCCCAAUUCUAUCCAAGAGGCAGCGACGGGUAAGGAAAAAGCGAAUGGUGAAGUACUUCCUCUUGUAUUGUUGUAUUUUGCUUUUGUUUGCUGCGCUAUUGCUCGGGCCAUUUUAUGGUUCUAAGUAUAUCCCAGAAUUUCGCUCCACUUUACCGACCAUGGCAAAGGAGUUGUUUCAGCCGGUUCACCAGAAUAGGAAUGAUACAGGCAGCAGAGCCCCUCAUACAAUCGUAGUGGUGGCACCAACCGUACGACAGGCUUAAGGUAAGUGACCGAUGUUUAAAUUUCGUAUUUUUGGUCAAAGAUGUAAUACUUUAAGUCUAUUUUUGUGGUAAGCGAUCACUUCGGUAAACUUGAAAACUGGAAUUCUGCCCUCAAUUUGUGUGGCUCAUCGUUUCGACUAUGAAAAUAGCAGGUAUAGUCCAGCCUCCUGGUAGUUCUACAAGCUAGGACUUGGACAUCUUUUUGUUCCUCCUCUAAGAGUAGCUAUUACCGUUUACGUAUAGGCUCACCAAGUGCAGUGUACAAGUCAGAUCUUUGCGUAUUAUUCCAGGAUAGGAUUAACGCUGCUUGGAUAUAUGCUUGACUUUGGAAGUAUGAUGAAGGGGUAACUGUAUUAUAAUAUAUACCAGAG